AAAAAAAGCAAACAGGUGAUGUUUCUUUUUCUUUACUUGAGAAAAAGAUAGGCAUUAGGCACGAGCAUUUUGCUACUGUACCCCACGAUCCACCAUACACCCCUCAUCAUCAUCUUCUUCUUCUUCGCCCUUUUCAGGAAAUGGCAGAGGGUGAAGAUGUUGCAAUGUCGGGUUUGAAGUCUUCGGCGAGUCAAUCACAUGAAACAUGGAAGGAAGGGAUGGAAAGAAACCAAUCUCAAGUCGAUAUAUUGCAAGAAAAGCUUAACGAGAUAAAGGCUUGUAUACAUGGAUCAGAGGAGGAUUCGAAAAAGGAGUUAGAGGUUUUGUGGCAAAGAGUAAGGACUACUAAUACAUUGCUUAUGUACUUAAAAUCAAAAGCCAGAAUCAUGGCUAUUCCUCAUCUAGCGCAUACGUCUUGCGGUAUAAAAAAGUUAGAUGGAGUAGGGCUUGUUGAUAAGGAUGGUAUUCCGUUAUCGGGUUGGUCUAGGAAUGUUGAUCUUUCUUCGUUUGAUGGGAAAGACGAAGAUGAAUCUUGGAUAGGGAUUGGACGUCAUGAAGGUUCGUUAGACGAACAAGAUGCAGUUUAUAUAGGGGAGAUGCUGAACUCUGUUCAGAUGGUCACUGAUGUGAUGGAAGCCCUUGUCAAAAGGGUUUUGUUGGCAGAAUCGGAAACGACAAUUGAGAAGGAAAAAGUCAGUUUAGGUCAGGAAGAAAUUAUGCGAAAGUCCGCACAGUUAGAGAAUUUGUCAAUGAAAUUGGAAGAAAUGGAGAGUUUUGCUUUGGGAACAAAUAGUAUUUUGAAUGACAUGCGGCAAAGAGUUGCGGAUUUGGUGGAAGAAACAACUAGACAGAGAGAGCGAGCUGCUGAAAAUGAAGAAGAGCUUUGUAGAGUGAAACAGGAAUUUGUUUCUCUCAAGUCAUAUGUCAGUAGUCUAAUCACAGUUAGAGAAACUUUACUAUCCUCAGAGAAGCAAUUCCAAACUAUUGAGAAGCUGUUUGAACGGCUAGUUGGAAAAACUACCCAGUUGGAAGGUGAGAAAAUGCAGAAAGAGGCUGAAGUUCAGAAACUUAUGGAAGAGAAUGUGAAGCUGAGUACCUUGCUAGACAAGAAAGAAGCUCAACUUCUGGCACUGAAUGAACAGUGUAAGAUGAUGGCCUUGAGUGCUUCAAACAUGUAAAUGUCAUUUGUACUUUAGAAUUUGUUUGACGUCCCUUAAUCCUGAAAAAAAAGCAUCAAUGAGGUACCAUAAACAUCAUGAAUGUCUUUACUUCAUUUUCUGAUGUCAUUUCUAUGCCUUUCGAAAUUGAAUGCGGGAAAUAUUUUUCCGUGGAAUGUAAAACUUGGUGUGCUUUUCAUUCAUGAGAAAAAAACAAAAUAUAUGGUGUCUCUUCAAAGUA